UGCCUUUUCACAGCCUUGCCUCUCUCGGCUGUAUUCACGGAGACUGCAUGCAGCCAAGGAAGUCUCUUUUCUUCUUCUUCUUCUCACCCGCCGCGGCCGCGGACCCCGCUUUGUGUCAUGCCUUUGCGCCGCCUGCCGCUGUGUCUCCUGGACCCACGAUGAGAGAGGAAGCAAUUCCUUGCGAUACACGUGCGUUUUUUUUGUGAGUUUUCCCUGUGUUUUUCCGUUUUUUCUUUUUCCUCCUCUCUCUUCUCUCCUCUCCUUCGCCCUGUUCUUCGUCCUUCUCCUCGUUCCUUCCACCCCUUGCCCCCAGGUCCCUGUGCUUCUGACACGCGUAAAGAGGGAAGGCGAGCCCUCCGUUCCUCCCCUUCCUUCCCGUUUCCACGCAUUUCUUCGAUUCACCCAGUUCUCCAUUUCCUUUACUUUCUUUCUGCCUCCUGCUCCAGGAUCUUCCCCCCACUCUCCGCUCUUCGCCUUCAACCCCAUGAGGCGACUGUGGCGGCCCUUGAGGGCCUCCGGGGGUCCUCGCUUGCUCCAUCCCCACUUUCUUCGGAGCAAAGACGGAAGGGAGAGCGGAGCAGCUGUAGAGGUUCGCGGAGCUCUGCAUGAGGCUUCAAGUGCCUUCGGACGCUCGGCAACUCCUUGCUCUCGUUCCGUUUUCCCCGUCUUCUAUAGCGGUGCCCACGUAGGGCCUCCUCUCAGUUCUCUCGCGUUUUCCCCUCGCCUCUUCUCUUCCAGAAGCUUCUUGACAGACUGCGUCAUGCCGCCGUCUCGCGCGGGCGUUCCACGCACUGUCUCCGUGCUGUCUCCGCUCUCUCCGUCACCGCGAACGCGUCACGAGCUCUCCCUGCUUUCUUCUCUCUCGUCUCCCCGCGACGGCCGAGUCACCACGCUGAGAGGGGACACCCUCCCGCCCGUGUGGGGUCUCAGCGGCGCCGGCCCUCGCCGCUUCCCUUACGACUCUUCUUUUCUCGCGUCGACUCGCCAAUUCUCCCAAACAACAGGAGGGUCGGAACAAGACGGAAGAACAACCGUGUCUCCUUUGUCUCCUCCCUCUUCGUCCUCUUCUUCACCUCCUCCUUCCUCUUCUUCGUCUUCUUCCUCUUCUUCCCCUCCUUCCUCCGCCUCUGGCGCUUCUGUGAGCCAGGCUGAUCCCAGUGUCUCUGCAAGCGCGUCUUUCUCUCCAAGGUCAGAGGGGCGAAGUCGUCCGUCGCUCUCUUCUCGGAGAGCGGGAAGCGACAGAACGAAUGGCGCUGGAUUCUUUGCGCGCUGGUGCUCGGCUGGGGCACUCCUGCGGCUGUUGGAGAGAGUGGUGCGCGGUCUCUGCUCUGCACUUGUCAAAUACACCAAAGUCGUUUUCAAGUAUCUGAAGGCGUUCGUGACGAAUCCAAUGGUCGUGAAGAAAUGGUACAAGAAAGCCAAAGAAAGCGCCGUCCACACGUGGAAGUGGACUGUGACCGGGUUCAGCCUCUUUUACGCGAACGUCCGAGUCUCCUACCAACUUCUGAAGAAAAAGAUUCUGGGCCAUCCUCUUCGAUACAACGAACACAAACUCUUGGUUAGGACGACCGCAGACGCGUUGAAAUUGAUUCCUUUCUCGCUGAUGAUUAUCAUUCCUCUUGGCGAGCUUCUUCUCCCCGUGGUUCUUCGUCUCUUCCCCAACAUGCUGCCGAGCACUUUCUUCGAAAAACAAGUCGACAACGCGUACUUGAGUCGAAAACUCAAGGCCAAACAAGAACUCGCAGCCUUCUUUCAGGAGCUCGUCCGCGAACACACGAAGCAUAUCAUCGAGCACGAGUCGAACGACGCGUUGAAAGACAAGGCCAAGACGCUGAAGGAGUUUCAGGAAAAACUUUUGCAGAAGGACCGACAGGAUGUAAAUCCCUUCCUCUCCGUGAAAGAAAUCCUUUCUUUCGCGCGACUCUUUAAGGAAGAAUUCGUCCUCGAAAAGCUCGAUCUCCAGACUCUGCAGGUCAUGUGCAAACUUCUCGGCAUCCAGCCCUACGGCCUGCGAAGUCACGUCGUUCUUCAACUCAGAUAUCAUUUGAAUCACAUCCAUCGCGAAGACAGAGAGUUCAUGUGGGAAGGCGUCGAGACGCUCUCUCACGACGAGCUCGUGGAAGCAUGCAAGGACCGCGCAAUGAUGUUUCAUAACAUCUCCGACGACGACAUGCGACAAGAAAUGCGCCAGUGGUUGGCGAUCUCGUCGCACAAAGACAUUCCGCCGCUGCUCCUUCUUUGGUGCCGCUGCAUAAGUCUCACUCACUCACCAAUUCCACCGCCUGUCGUCCUCGCCGCCGCGCCGCCUCCGGGAGUAGCGACGCCCCAGCCGGUCUCCGAAGACGCCGGGGCGAGUGCGGUCGCCGCCGCCGUACCCGAGACGCAUGCGGCGGAGAGCGCGCGCGGCGCGUCGAAGGCGGAAAACGCGCAGGAGCUGGCGGGGGGAACUGCGGAAGCCGCAGCGGAGAGCAGGGGGCAGGCGGUCGCCACCGAGGGUGGUGUGCGUACACCCGACGCAGCGGCGGACUCGACGGAGCGGAGGGAGGAAGACGAGGCAGAGGACGAACAGUAUAGGCGGCAGUCGGCGACCCUCGAGGCCAUGGAGAGACAAGUGCAGCUGCUGCGAGCAGAGGAGGAGUCUCUUCGUCAGUCCGUCCAGAUCCUGGAGGCGCAGAGGCAGCGGGCGGCGGCGAACGAGUCGCGCGAAGGGAUGGGUAACGGCGAAGCGGCCGAAGCAGAAUCGUCUCUCGAAAGCUCGCUGGCAACGGGAGAGAGUCGCGAACAUCUCGUCUCGCCAGCAGGCGACGCGGGCGUUCCAGAAGCUGCAAAGCCAGCUGAGAACCGCGAGAGAGAACGCGAACGCGGUGGCGGCAAGGCGCAGACGGACUCAACGAAAGAGGCGCUUAUGAAGAGAAGAGAGGUACCAGAGGGAGAAGAAAAAGGAGACCUCUUUCAGGCCACCGUCGAGUCGGAGACGAAGGAAGUUGCGGCCGAGGAGGGGGAAGCGUCGCCAUGCGACGGAGGCGCUUCAGAGAAAGCAUUCGUCGACGAGCUCUCUUCGGUGCAGCGAGGCAGAGAAAUGCUGCAGAGACGGUCUCGUCGAAUGGAGUUGGAGCUGCGCCUGCUUCGGCGCCUCGCCGACAUGCAACAUGCACACCAAGAGGAGGCCUUCGGCGCGUUGACGCGGCUGCUCGAGCUGGCGCACACAUACCGUCUGAAGCAAGAGCUGGCCGCGAGCGCGACAGUCGAAGGAGAAGGCGUCGCUUUCUCUCCAGAGGCGAGGACUCCCGGACUGCCUCCUGGCGACGCCUCGCUGCUGGCUCUGCCAGAGAACGAGAAACUGAAGGGGCAUGAAGAAGCGGAACGCAUGCACCAGGAGCUGCGGAGCGGAGCCGACAGAGACAACGGCGCGAAAAUUCGCAGCGACUUCAUUGUAGCCGUCCAAGCUUUCGAGCGGCAGAUUCAGGAAGUCAUCGAAAGCUUCGCGAGCGGAGUCCAGCAGGUUGAUGCGCUGAUGCGAGACGCAAAGACGCUCCAGAUGGACGAAGGAGAUCCGCUGUUCUAUCCUGAAGACCCCUCGGACUUGGAGGACUCCGGCGAGAUCCGUUCCUUCGUUCACCCUCAGUUGGCCUCCUCUCUUUCGACCUCGCGGCUCUGCUCGCCCACGGCGGCGAAGGCCUCCGGCGCCGGUCUCGCCUCUGAAAAAGAUCUCUCGCUGGACCAGGAGUCUCCAGCGGUCGAGGACGGAGCGCAGGUGAAGGAGGCGGCGAAGUAGAAGGUCAGAUCUCCUUCGUCCUGGUUCUCUGUCUCUGAGCAUUUGCGCUGCUGACGCUGUGCUUCGCAGACGUUUCUUUCGCCUCCUCAAAGAACUCGAAGCGUCGUCUCGCGAAUCUGUUGACGGCGUCGACCGUUCGCAACCAGCGCAUGGCCGAGCGGCUGUGUCUGCACUUGAAGAGUGUACAGCUGUGUGUUCUGUGAAUUCUUUCUCGUUCACCGAUCUCCAGACAUCGGCGUCCCUGAACCGGCUCUGUCGCCCUGUGAAACCGCAUUCGUCUGCUCAAGACGCGGAGCCUCGGCUUCCCUUUGUAUACUGGCUUUUGUAUACUCGCGUCUUGAAUUUUUGACAUCCGUGACGAUAUGCUGGCACAAGGCUGGGACUCGCUUCCAUCCCCGUGCGGCUCACUGGUGUGUUUCGAGUUCUCGCCCCUGCGUUUUGAUCUCCAAGGCUCUUUGCCUUUCCUCUUCGACCGCCUGUCUCCGUUUAUUAGCCGAAUGAGGCAAAAACGCGGUAGAGUCGCCGCCUCCGUUCCGCUGGUUUCCUGUAGCUUGUCAGUAUGUCGCUCAAGAGGUUGUUCAGGGCGCGGCACGCCUCACGAGCAAACAGUUUUUUACAUUUUUACAGACCUGUCGGA